CGACCUGCCUGCUCCCAGCUCUUCGCACACGCUCUCCGCUUGCGAGGAGAGAGCCGUGCCCCAUGCGUGCCGUCCUCACUUAAGCAGAGCCAAUCUUGUCGAGACUGCGAUGGCGAUGGCAUUGUUGCACAUGGUGCCUGCUCUUCCCUUUUGGCGCACAGUCACACAGACCUCAUUUCCUCUUUGGGCGACAUUGCGUUACACUUGCGGACACGGAGCAGCAGCAACCACCACCACAGCGAGCACCACACACCACCCAGGCAAGCAGCUAGCAACUGGCAGCCGGUGCUCUGCCGGGUCGCUCGGUGGAUGUGCAUCGUGAGAAAGUUGACUGGAGGCAUUCCCACAAGUAUUGGGAUUGUGCCUCACUCCUGCUGCUCCCGGUCGCUGCUCAGCUCGGUCAGCUGUGACACUUGUUUGGCGCAUUUGGCGAAACAGGGUCUGGGGUUCAGGGUUUUGGGAUUGGGCUAUUGA